AUGGAUGCAGAGAGGAAGAUACAGCUCAAGAGCGUAUUUGGAUAUUCCUGGGGCACAAGUUUUUUAAUUAAUAUAAUUGUUAAUUUAAUUGGAGCAGGCAUUUUUGUGGCCCCCAAAGGGGUAUUGAAGUACUCGUGCAUGAACGUGGGGCUCUCCCUGUGCAUCUGGGCUGGUUGUGCCGUAUUGUCCAUUAUGACCUCUCUGUGCUCCGCAGAGAUAGGUAUAACUUUCCCAUGCUGUGGAGUUCACUACUAUUGUCUGAAGAAAUGUUUUGGCAACCUGAUCUCUUUCCUGAACCUCUGGAUAACCUUGUUUCUGGGGCCAGGGCUAGCUGCCAGUCAGUCUCUGCUCCCCACUGGGUAUAGCAUCCAGCCUUUUCCUCCCAGCUGCUGUGCUCCAAAGCUGCCAAAGAAAUGUCUGGCCCCGGCCAUAUUGUGGAUUGUGGGAAUCCUGAAUUUUCGUGGUGUGAAAGAGGUGACUUGGCUUCAGAUAUCCAGCACAAUGGCCAUACUCGGCCUUAUUUCCCUAAGCGGAGGAGUGUUGCUGGUGAGAGGGAGGAAGCAGAAUCUGAACUCCUUCGGUGCUGAGUUUCCAGAAGCCUCCCAGUUUACAGAAGCUGUCUUCCAAGGAUAUUUUUCAUAUUCAGGUGGAGGAUACUCUAUGUAUAUAGCAGGGGAGCUGAAGAAACCCAGGAAGACAAUUCUAAAAUGCAUAUUUAUUGCAUUCCCUCUGGUGACUAUUGUUUAUUUACUGGUUAACAUUUCCUACCUGACUGUUCUGACACCCAAGGAAAUUCUCUCUUCAGAUGCUGUGGCUCUCACAUGGACUGAUAGAGUUAUCCCCUCAUUAACAUGGGUUAUUCCUUUUGGUAUUUCUGCCUCAUUAUUUAGCAACCUUCUGAUUAAUGUAUUUGAAUCAUCAAGAGUAAUAUACAUUGCAGGCCAAGAGGGCCAGCUGCCUUUUUUAUUUAACAUGCUUAAUAUUUACUCCUCUCCAUUUAUGUCUGUGCUACUACUUGUCAUUAUGGUGUCCAUCGCGGUUGUCUUGACAAAACUAAUUGAUUUGAUAAACUAUCUUUAUAUUGUAGUUUCUAUUUGGUCUGCUUUAUCAAUGACAGGAAUACUAAAACUGAGAUACCAAAAGCCCAAUCUACCUCGACCUUAUAAGGUGUUUUUGCCAUUUCUACUGGUAGCAAUAGCUAUCAGCCUGUGCUUGGUUUUGAUACCUUUGGUGAAGUCUCCACAUAUGUAUUAUAUCUAUGUGUGUCUCUUUAUUCUCAGUGGACUUCUGUUUUAUAUACCUUUAAUAUCUAAAUUGAGGUUGCUUUGGUUUGAGAAGAUGACGUGUUAUUUAUAAUUGCUGUUUAAUAUUUGCAUCCCUGAAGUGUCUGAUGAACAGAUGUCAGAAGUAGAAGUAGGAACUGUGAAAUAAAAUAGCCUUCUAAAAACACACCAAGUUCCAAAUAAAGAUUAAGCACAUAAUGGAACAUUCAUGAUAAAGUACCUAUGGUAACUUUCUUUCUCAAAUGAGAUGAUAUAUACAGAAGUACACAGGACAGUACCUAUCUUUAAAACUCACACAGAAAUUGUAAUGUGUAAUGAAAGCUCUGUUGUUUUGCAGAAAGCUUAAGUCUUGGUUUGCAUUGAUAUAUUGCUGAUGUCUCUCCCACUCUUCCAUUUUUUCUACACCCCACCCCUUCUUUACUGAAGUUGUGGUUGUCUUGUAAUAAAAAUUAACAAUUAAAAAUAAAAAAGCAUGGGAGUUCCCUGGUUGUCUAGUGGUUAGAAUUCAAUGUUUUCACUGCUGUGGCCCGGGUUCAAUCCCUAGUCAGGGAACUGAGAUCCCAC